AUGUGUGUCCGAGUACCGGCACAAAAAAUUCAAGAGAUUGUCCAAAAAAUCCAGUCUAUCCUUAAGGGCCCAAAAACUACCUUAAAAGCUAUGCAAUCAUUAUUGGGGGUUCUGAAUUUCGCUUGUAAAGCAAUAGUGCCAGGUCGUACUUUCUGUAGGCGUCUGAUCAACGCUACCAUAGGACUUACUCAGCCGUAUCAUCAUUUGAGAGUUACUGCAGAAAUCAGGGAGGAUUUAAAAAUGUGGUUAAGGUUUUUCAAAACAUUCAAUGGUAUCUCCGUUUUUAUUGACCAAUUUUGGACAACGAAUUCAGACAUGGAACAUUUUACAGACAGCUCUGCAAAAAAGGGAAAUGGUUUUGGGGCAUAUUUUAAUGGUAGUUGGGCAUAUGGGGUAUGGCCAGAGUUGUGGUUUGAGCUAGGAUAUACCAGGGACAUCACAGUACUAGAGUUCUUCCCCUUGGUGGUGGCAGUAUAUAUUUGGGGUGAUAGAUUACAGAAUAAGAAAAUCAUAUUCCGCAGUGACAAUCAGUCAGUGGUAGCAAUAGUUAACAAGAUGACAACCAAAUCGCCAGUUGUGUUAGCGAUGUUAAGGCUAUUUGUGUUACGUUGUAUAUAUUUCAACAUAGUGUUCAAGGCAGAACACAUCCCUGGUUGUUGUAAUGUAAUAACAGAUAGUCUGUCACGUUUACAGCUGAACAAAUUCCAUCGACUGGCUCCACAGGCAGAACCCACACCAGUUCCAAUCCCAACGUGGCUAUGGUCCAUUUGUCAGAUGAAAUUGGACGACUUUUAA